AUGGAGAGUCAUAAUCAUAUUUAUGAAAACAUCUCUUCAGAGAUAAAGGAAAUAGCUGAUCUCAUCAAAAAAUCUUCACCAAAUGAAACCACUCAAAAGAUGAAAACAAAUUUUGAAGAUUACAAAAAUGUGACACUGAAUAUUGCUAUAACUGGCAUGACUGGGGCAGGGAAGUCCACUUUUGUAAAUGCAAUUAGAGGGCUUCGUAAUGAUGAUGAAGGGGCAGCUCCGACUGAUGCAGUAGAAUGCACAAAAUAUCCCACUGUGUACCCUCAUCCAACACUGCCAAAUGUGAAGAUCUGGGACCUGCCAGGAAUUGGAACUGAACAAUUUAAAGCAAAGACAUAUCUGAAGGAGGUUCAGUUGGACACAUAUGACUUCUUCCUUAUUUUGAGUUCAGAAAGGUUCAAAGAGAAUGACAGUAAGCUGGCCAAAGCAAUUAAGAAAAAGAAAAAGUUGUUCUAUUUUGUACGUACAAAAAUUGACAAUGACAUUCAUGCAGAGUCAAAUAAAAGCUACUUUAAUGAUGAAAAGGUGCUCCAAAGAAUUAGGGAUGACUGUAUAAAAAACCUGAAAUCAACAGGAAAACCAAAAGUCUUUUUGAUAUCCUCUCUCCAUUUGGGAAAAUAUGACUACCCUAAGCUAAUCAGAACUCUGGAAGAUGAACUUCCAAAACACAAGAGAUUUGCUCUCAUUCAGUCUUUGCCUAUGAACUCAGUUGAUGAACUUGAGAGGAAGAAGAAGUAUUUCCAGAAGCUGGUUUGGAUGUCAGCAUUUGGCUCUGGUGCUCUUGCAAUCAUUCCUGUUCCAGGAUUUUCACUAGCGUGUGAUUAUGGCAUUUUGUUGAGCUUCUUUGAAAAUGUCUACAAGUCUUUUGGCCUAGAUAAUAAAUCACUUGCAAUACUGUCAGCAAGAGUCAACAAACCAGUUGACACUCUGAGAGCAGCCAUGAUAUCACCCUUCAAAGAUGGAGUUAAUGAGGAUGUGUUAGUUCGGGUGCUUGCAAGGCGUGAUGUAGUGGCUGCACUGACAGUUCAGGAACUCUCGAGGUUUAUUGUUGGCAUUGGCUCACUAGCUGCAGGGGCUAUAUCUGUUGCCACCAUAUAUCAUCUAUUGAAAAAGGGACUGAAUGAUAUGGCAGAAGAUGCCAAAAGAGUACUUACUGUAGCAGAGCUAGCAUGA